AUGAUCCCUUCAUCCAAGACCGAGAAGGUCACAGCCGAAGCUCUCAAUGUUGGAUUCCGUCAUGUUGAUUCGGCAAUCAUGUAUCGCAAUGAGAAGCCAUGCGGGAAAGCCAUUCAGAACUCCCAGCUAGAUCGCUCGGAGGUCUUCUUUACGACCAAAAUACCCCCGGAAUCGAUGGGCUACGAGUCCGCGAAGCGGGCUAUCAACUCGAGUCUGCGAGAAGCAGCACAGGACUACUUCGAUCUCAUUUUGAUUCACGCUCCAUACGGCGGUAAGAAAGCCCGCCUCGGGUCCUGGGAUGCACUUGUCGAAGCCCAGAAGGAGGGUAAGGCGAAGGCCAUCGGCGUGUCUAACUACGGUAUUCACCAUCUCGAAGAGCUGGAGAAGUACAUCCAGGCUGGCGGAGGAGGCCAGAUCGACGUUGGUCAGUAUGAGUUGCAUCCGUGGCUGGAUCACUCAGAUAUUGUGGAGUGGUUACAGAGUCGAAAGAUCAUCGUUGAGGCCUACUCCCCUCUUGCGCACGGCAGUCGCCUUCGAGAGCCCGUGCUGAGCUCCAUUGGGCAGAAGUACGGAAAGACACCGGCGCAGGUGUUGAUCCGGUGGAGCUUGCAGAUGGGAUUCGUGCCUCUGCCCAAGUCCUCCACUCCCCAGCGCAUUCGGGAGAAUGCCGAUGUCUUUGACUUUGAGCUGGCAGAGGAGGACAUGAAGUUGUUGGAUACCGGAGAGUACGAGCCUACGGACUGGGAUCCGACAGUCGACGAGGACUGA